UGCGGUUUGUGGCUGCGACUUCACCCCAGACAAAUUUUUUGCAUAAAUUUUGUGUUUUACGCCAAUUAAAAUGUUACAAUUACAUGAUCAUUCAAGUCAGUUGUUAAAAUGAAAUUUUUAAUCAUUGUAUGAUGCCAACCUGCUUAUUUUUCUGGAUAUUGUUAAGUUAAAAGGACAGAACCCGGAAACGAGUUUGAAAGUGGAUUAUUUUCACGAGGAGAUAUUUACUUGAGGACAUUUAAAAUGUCAGAACCAGAUUUGAUGCGAAGGAACUUUUCGUUCCAGAUGCAGAUUGGUUUGACUAGAGAACAAGUUAAUGUUGAGGGCGAACUAACACUUGCCAGUUUAAAGGAAAUUGCAUGUGCAUUUGUAGAUCGAAAGUACCCCGAGCAUGGUUUCUAUGGCAUCGCAGACAAGAUUUUAUUAUUUCGCCAUGAUUCAAGCAGCUCGAAUGUCUUACAGAUCCUCAACAAUGCCUGUGAAGUGAUUGACGGUUGCCUCGUGGAAGUAGUUCUCUCAGCGAAGGCAACAAUGGAGGAGUUACAGAUACGACCACAUCUGUUAUUUGUGCAUUCCUACAAGUCACCACACUUCUGUGAUUUUUGUGGAGAAAUGUUAUUUGGCCUUGUCAAGCAGGGAAUCAAAUGUGAAGGAUGUGGCCUAAAUUUCCACAAGAGAUGUGCCUUUAAAAUACCCAACAAUUGUUCGUAUGAUCGUCAGCGUCGAACGUCUACCAGCAGUAUUAGUAGUCUUUCAUUCUCACUGAAAGACAAACCAGAGCCCACAACACCCACUGAGAACUGUACCACCAUCUCUCUACCUCCUUCCCCCGGGCCAAGGAGCCCACGACACAUGGGCUCCCGACCAAUCAGCUUUGGUCUGUCAGACAGCAACCCAAGGAGAACAGAAUACAAGUACAGUACAUUGACUGUACCUGGUCAACCUAUUCUGGAGGGACGUAACAGCCGAUCAAAAUCAUGGAGUGGUCGGCCAAUCUGGCUGGAAAGAGAGUUUGCAAGUCGUAUCAAAGUGCCGCAUACGUUUAUAGUUCAUAACUAUACGCGACCCACUGUCUGUAUGUGGUGUAGAAAACUCUUGAAGGGACUUUUCCGGCAGGGCGUUCAGUGUAAAGAUUGCAAGUUUAACUGUCAUAAGAAGUGUGCUCCACAAGUGCCCAAGGACUGCGCAGGAGACCUGCCUAGUGGAGAAGUAUAUUUUGAGCAGAGCGACGCAUCAGAAGUGGAGAGUACGAAUGGGACCGAAGUUUCUGAAAUACAGGAGGACGAUAUGUUGCUUUUGGAAAAUGAUAACGAUAAUGAUGAUAGUGACAGGAAACCACCUCUUAGUCCCACCCAGAGUAGUAACAUACCCCUGAUGAGGAUUGUACAGUCUGUAAAACACACAAAACGUACUGGUUCUAAAGUUCUCAAGGAGGGAUGGAUGGUACAUUGUACUGAUAAGGACAGCCAGAGGAGAAGACAUUACUGGAAGCUGGACAGUAAGUCAGUGACAAUGUUUCAGAACGAAAAUUCAUCUAGAUACUACAAGGAAAUUGCAUUAAAUGCUAUCAUUGGAAUAGAAUCUUUCAAAAUGGACCCUAGUAAUGAGUUUCCUCGAGCGCCGCACGUGUUUGAGAUCCGCGUACAGAACAUGAUCUACUAUGUGGGUGAAGAUCCUUUCUAUGGUUCAGAGGAGGGUAGUCUUGUGGUCUCGACGGAGAGUGGUAAAGGGUUGGAGCAGGCACGACACUGGGAGCACGCUAUCAGACAGGCGCUGAUGCCGGUCACGCCAACGUCCAGCGUUAACCAGGGUACACAACCAAAAUAUGGCCAGGCUAACAACCCAGGUGCCCCUGAAGAACCACAUGACAUUAGUCAGUUAUACCAGAUAUUCCCAGAUGAUGUGCUCGGGUCUGGACAAUUUGGUAUUGUCUAUGGAGGUAAGCACCGGAAAACCAACAGUGAAGUUGCGAUCAAGGUCAUAGACAAGAUGAGAUUCCCGACCAAACAAGAAGCCCAACUUAAAAAUGAAGUCUCAAUUUUACAGAAUCUCCACCACCCCGGAGUUGUGAAUCUCGAGAAGAUGUUUGAAACACCAGAGAGGAUAUUUGUGGUAAUGGAGAAGUUGAAGGGUGAUAUGUUAGAGAUGAUAUUAUCUAGUCCUAGAGGUCGACUCAGUGAACGAGUCACCAAAUUCCUUGUCUCACAGAUUUUAGUGGCCUUAAAGCAUUUGCACUCCAAGCAUAUUGUACAUUGUGAUCUUAAACCAGAGAAUGUACUUCUCUCCUCAGAGACAGCAUUCCCGCAGGUAAAACUGUGUGAUUUUGGAUUUGCUAGAAUCAUUGGUGAAAAGUCUUUCAGGAGGUCUGUAGUAGGAACCCCAGCAUAUUUAGCACCAGAAGUAUUAAAAAGUAAAGGCUACAACCGUUCUCUAGAUAUGUGGUCAGUCGGUGUUGUUGUCUAUGUUAGUUUAAGUGGAACAUUCCCAUUUAACGAGGAUGAGGAGAUCAGCGACCAAAUACAGAACGCAACAUUCAUGUACCCACCUACACCAUGGAAGGAAAUUUCACAGGAAGCAAUUGAUUUGAUCAGUAAUUUGUUACAAGUGAAGAUGAGAAAGAGAUUCACUGUGGACAAAUCACUGUCACAUGUCUGGCUUCAGGAUUAUCAAACAUGGUGCGAUUUAAGAAAACUAGAACAGCUGGUCGGUCAGCGUUACCUUACUCACGACUCAGACGAUGAGCGCUGGGAGACGUUCAGGCGAGAAAAGAACUUGAAAGUUUGGCAAGACGUAGGCCAAAAAGGUGUGAAUGAAAAGUACAAUUUAAGCAAGUCUCGUGACCGUAACACGCCGAGUUCUGGUACCACGGUGUCAUGACAUAGUGUCGUGGUGAACGUUGUCCGUGAUUACUUGUGUUCUGUGCUAUCUCAUCUCAAAUCUCUCAGUUCGAUAUUGUGUUACUGCCGCAAACAAAAACCAACCUGCAUCGUAUUAUUAUUUGUUGUAUAUGUUUGUUUUUUCUUUACCGGGGAAUAUGCUCAUUUUUUUUAUAGAUUUAUAUAGCAGGUUAUUGAACUUCUCAGACAGUUUUCAUGACGCAAGUAACGAGCUACGCUACAAGAUUUUAUACUUGAAAUGAUGGGUUGGAAAAAAGGCAACUUUUAAUCAUGUACGUUAAUUAACAAGUACAGCUGAACAGAGAUCAUUGACAUUUUAAGCCGAGGUUUUCAGAGAUAUUUGAGAUAAUGAUGUAAAGAAUUUAGAUGUUGAAAUACAAUUUCUCUAUUUUUUUACGACAGCAAAAUUUUGUUCAAAACAGUAAAUACGAUAUAGGUAGUCUUGUUUAUAAUAUGUAUAAAAAUAGAUACUAUAUAGAGAAAUAGGGAUGGUUUGAACGGAGGAUAAAAAAACCAGAUGUUUUGUUUCUGUUUUAUAAAAGUUUAUUUAAAUAUUUGUAUAUUUUGGAUAUCUAAACAUACACUAUUGCAAGAAUUAUACAUGUAUGUAGUUUUAAUAUGUACCAGGAAGCAUUUAUGAAUGAAUUGAAUGAGAAUAUAUGUUGUUCUUUCGCAAGUCGUGUCGACCAAAAAAUCAAAAGUUAAUAUAUGCACUUUUCUUGUGUAUCCAUGACUUGUUAUGAUAUUGUUUUUUCUCUUUUGCAUGAAUUAUUUCAAAGAAACAUGUAUCAUUUAUAUAUUUUUAAAUGUAGUAAGUUAUUGUUUUAUGAAACCUUUAUAUUGAAAGGGAUUGCUUUUAAAUGUAUUUUUAGAUUUUAUAAUUACCUAAGGCUGUUUUAAAGCCGUAGGUCCAUGAAUGCAACAGCGAUUUAGUGUAUAUACAACAAAUUAUCUUAUCGGUGUGUUUUGUAAAUUUACCAGUGAGAUACAAAUCAUAUCACACUGUUUGAAACUUAGUGAAAUAUAGAAUUUUGGUUUCCCUUAUACUCUUGAAACUUAGUGAAAUAUAGAAUUUUGGUUCCCUUUAUACACUUUUGAGGGAAAGUGAAACUUAGAGAAAUAUAUGAUUUGGUUUCCCUUUUACACAUUGAAGGAGAGUAGAUCACACACAAAAAUGGAUCAAGAUUUUACAUAAUGUCAUAGUUAUGUGAAAUUAUGAUGUCAUUUGCCCACUGAUUUGGUAAUAUAUGAUCUGUUUUAAUGCAAAACUAAAGAAAACAUAGAAUGAUUAAAAAAAAAUUUCUUUGUUUUAGCAAGUAUGGAAUAAAGUUCAUCUUGAAGUGAGAUUUUUAAUAUUUUCACUUUGAGCCUAGAGCUGGUGAAAAUAUUAAAAAUUCCAUUGUAUAGCAAAAUUAAUUCUAUAUUCACUAAUUCAAGCAAAAUCCAUACCAAGGGGUCCAAUGUAAAAAUAGAUUUAAAAGACUGAUGUAACAAGUACUAAUGUGUACACCUUUAUUUCUCUGUCAUGCAUGUUAUAAAUAU